UAUUUUCAUAAAGAUAUGUCCACGAAUAACGAGGAUAAACAAUGUACUUGUACAACUACAGAGGAACUAGAAGAGAAGUCUUCUUCUCUUUUAGAUUCAACAAAAAAUAACGAAGAGAAUCAGUCUAUUAUUUCUAUGAAAAAUGAUAUAUCUGUAAAACGAACCAGUACUUUUGAUAAAAGCAAAUCAAUUUUAAGUCAAACAGGGUACAGUAUUGAGAGGAUAAAAAAGAUUAAUAUUGAAAAUAUGAGAUUAUCAGUGGCUUUUCCACAGAUGUUUGGGCAUAAUGUUGUUCCUGUGCCAGACAAUAUUCCCAUUAGUUUCUGUUAUGACAUAGAAGGAGCUGUAGAAGAUUAUAUUGGUUCUGAUACAUACUCUUAUCCUGAUAUACAAAUUGACCAUACUUGGAAUUGCAGCGACAAAAUGACGGAAGAUCUAGCAGCACAAAGGUUUAUAAAACCUGGUAGUCAUAAAGGUAAAGGCUUAGCAGUCUUUACUAGCGGUGGUGAUUCUCAAGGAAUGAAUGCUGCUGUCAGAGCAGUUGUUAGAAUGGGUAUUUAUCUAGGAUGUAAAGUAUUUUUCAUUAAGGAAGGUUAUCAGGGAAUGGUGGAUGGUGGAAAUAACAUAGUGGAGGCUAAUUGGUCCUCUGUGUCGUGUAUCAUUCAUAGGGGUGGUACAGUAAUAGGUUCUGCUCGAUGCACAGAAUUCCGGGAACGCGAAGGCAGAAGGAGAGCUGCAAAAAAUUUAGUAGUUCGUGGAAUAACUAAUUUAGUUGUAAUUGGUGGUGAUGGUUCUCUUACUGGUGCAAAUUUAUUUAAAGAAGAAUGGCCUGAGUUAUUAAAAGAAUUACACGAGUCAGGAGAAAUAACUGCGGAUCAAGCAGAAAAGUUCCAACAUUUGCAUAUCGCUGGUAUGGUAGGUUCAAUUGACAAUGAUUUUUGUGGAACUGACAUGACUAUUGGUACCGAUUCCGCAUUGCAUCGUAUUAUCGAAAGUAUCGAUGCCAUUGUUAGUACUGCCUAUUCUCAUCAGAGAACGUUUAUUAUGGAAGUUAUGGGACGUCAUUGCGGGUAUCUGGCAAUUGUGGGUGCUUUAGCUGCAGAAGCAGACUAUGUUUUCUGCCCAGAAUCACCACCUCCUGCUGACUGGCCUGAUAAGCUAUGUAAAAAAUUGGAGCAGGAGAGACUCAUUGGCCAACGACUUAACAUUAUAAUUGUAGCAGAAGGUGCAGUAGAUAGAAAUGGUGAACCGAUUACCGCUGAAAAAGUUCGCAAAGUUGUUGUAGAUAAAUUACAACAAGAUACUAGAAUUACUGUUCUCGGUCACGUUCAAAGAGGUGGUAAUCCAUCAGCUUUUGAUAGAGUUCUGGGUUGUCGAAUGGGAGCAGAAGCAGUUAUGGCGUUAAUGGAAGCAACACCCGAAACUGAAGCUUGUGUUGUAACACUGGAUGGUAAUCAGGCAGUUAGAUUACCGCUUAUGGAAUGCGUACGUCGUACUAAAGCAGUAGCACAAGCUAUGGCCGAUAAAAAUUGGGGGCUUGCUGUUCAACUACGUGGAAAAGGAUUCGCGCGUAAUCUAGAUACGUAUAAAAUGUUGACUCGUCUAAAAGCACCCGUGGAUCAUGAUCCGAGCAGGGAAGGUAAUGGCCCCGCAUUAACAAAGGGUCAUUAUACCUUAGGUGUAAUGCACAUCGGUUCUCCUUCUUGCGGUAUGAACGCAGCAGUGCGUUCCUUCGUUAGGAAUUGUAUCUAUCGCGGUGACAAGGUGUAUGGUAUUUGCGAUGGAGUGUUAGGUCUUAUGGCUGGAAAGUUUAAAUUAAUGAAUUGGCCUUCUGUCACCGGUUGGGUAGCUCAAGGUGGUGCUUAUUUAGGAACCAAGCGAGCACCGCCCAAGGAAGAACAGUUACCUCAGAUUGCUCAGAAGCUCAAAGAAUAUGGAAUACAAGCUUUGCUUAUUAUAGGAGGAUUUGAGGGUUAUCAAACGGGUCUUACCUUCUACAAAGCUAGGGAUAAGUACGAAGAAUUCCAAAUCCCUAUUGCCAUGAUUCCAGCAACUAUUAGCAAUAACGUUCCAGGAACCGAGUUUUCAUUAGGUUGCGAUACUGCCCUUAAUGAAAUUACGGAGAUUUGUGAUCGAAUUCGUCAGUCGGCACAGGGUACAAAACGUCGAGUAUUUAUUAUCGAAACUAUGGGUGGAUACUGUGGUUAUUUAGCAACGGUAGCUGGGCUAGCCGGAGGAGCUGAUGCAGCAUACAUUUUCGAGGAGAAGUUUAAUAUUAAAGAUUUAAAUCAGGAUGUCAUUGCAAUGGCUGCAAAGAUGUCCGAAGGUGUACAGAGAGGUCUUAUUUUGAGAAAUGAAAAUGCUAAUUUGAAUUACAAUACAGAUUUCAUGCAAAGACUGUUUUGCGAAGAAGGAAAAGGCCUGUUCAGUUGUAGAAUGAAUAUUAUUGGUCAUAUGCAACAAGGUGGUUCACCGACUCCGUUUGAUCGUAACCUUGGUACAAAAAUGGGUUCUAAAGCUGUAGAAUGGUUCACUGACCAGCUUAAAAAAUGUACCAGCGCUGAUGGUAAAAUAUCAACAAUGGACGCUAAUAGUGCAGUUAUGAUCGGUAUAGUACGAAGACAGUAUAGAUUUACGCCAUUUACAGAACUAGCUGAAGUUACCGAUUUUGAACAUCGCAUUCCUACAUAUCAAUGGUGGAUGAAACUGCGACCAUUACUCAAAGUGUUAGCCAAACACGAGUCCACGUACGAAGAAGAAGGACUGUAUAUUACUAUCGAAGAAAUGGACCUUGACAAUGAUCCACCUCUGGUCUAAGCUAAAAAUUACAUAUUAUCAUAGGUGGUAAAAGGUAAUGUUCCAUAAAAUGUACGCAGUUAACUGUAAAAAUUGUAGAUUUCGUUGAACAGUAUUGUAUGGCAUUAUGAUCAUGUUUCGUUGUUAUUUAUGAAAAGUAUGAUCAAAUUUUAGACGCAUAAUCGUAGAAUAAUUGUAUUCUGCGGGGUUUAAUAUACACCAAGUAUUUUUAGCGAUUAAAAUAAAAUCGCGAUGUAUACGUACACUUCUCGUCUGUAUAUUUAGUUAUUUAAUAACAAAGUGCGUGCUAAAAAUCUUAAAUGUGAACGAAUUAAAUAAAUAGAAAAUUAUUACACAUUAUUGCCAUGAUCAAGAAUAUAAAUUGAUAUUUUGUUUUCAUAAGAUCGAAUUCGUAUAAUUUUGGACGUGGUUUAAACUCAAAUGUGAGAAGGUACAAAAACAGUACCUGAAACGUGGAGGUAAGCUAUAUCUUUAGUAAUGUAAGAAAGUAAAAUGUGUUAGUACGACAUCUAAACCGCAUUUUUAUUAGUAACAAUGAAAGAUUAUAUUGUUAUAACAAUCAAUGUUAAAUAUUUAUUGCUAUUUAUAUACAUGUAUAUAUGCGUAUAAUUUUGAAAAUAGCAAAAAAUGAGGACAUAUAUAUUAAUACAAUACAUAACAUGUGAAUGCUGUACUACAAUCAAGAAGUGUUAAAAAUAGAAUAAUUACAUGCGAAUGUGGUGACAAAUAUGAUGAACGCGAAUAAUUACAAAAAGAAAAAAGGAAAAUCUCUUGACAUAACAUUCGAAUCCAGUAACUUCCAGUUUUAGAUUUGACAAACAUUUUCAACACAUAGGGCACUGUGUUUAUUGCUCUCAUCAACUUAGAACGUUGAUAUUCAUCAAAAUAAUUGCAUCGCAAUUAUACAAACUUUGCUAAUGCAUGACAUUUUUAAUAUCUAAUUUUUUAUGUAGCUUUGACAGAAAUUCGUUAGGAUGACAAUGCUUUUAGAGGGCAUUAAUUGUCCAUUGAUAAAAUUCAGUUGCAACAUGGUUUAUAAAUCAAACUAAAGCUUUCAUGGCUACAUUACUACUUUGCAAAUAAAUAUACUAGGCUAUAUUCAUGGUCUACUAAGAUAUAAAAUUAAAAAUAAUGUGGCAUUUUUUCUUUAAUGAAAACUUACUAUUUGGUUUAGCUUUACCCAUAGCUAUGAAAAGCUAUUCGAAGAAUAUACUUGUCUACCUCAAAACAUAAUUUGCAACGACAAAACGAUACUUAGGACAAAGAAAAACACCUAAGUCGUGCUAGUUGCAUGUAACGUUAAAAGAUUUUGCUAAGAUUUAAGGCUUGUGACCACAAGAAUAUUUAGAUUUAAUUCGUGUUAUUACUAUACUCGUGUAUUCGCAUAUAUUUAUCUAAACGAGUGAAUCAAGUUACUAAAUCUAAACUAAACUCGCAAUUGUUUUCUCAAAUGUAGGUUUACGGUACCUAUAAAAUUUUAGAACCAAGUAAUUCUUUGUAACAGAAUCGAAUGUGAUCUUUCAUGGCUAAUUCGUGUUUGUAAAAUCUCGGCUAAUAUCUUUGAUAAAAGAUAACAUUGGUCAAAAUUGUCUGAUUUCAAACAAAUAAGUGAAAGAUAUUUUUAACGAGGGACUGAGUAUACGCGUUCAAUUUCCGUAACGUUUAUAGAAACUAAAAGAUACUUCGAAUCUCAUUGUAUUUUCAAUUUUUCAAAUGUAAUCACGAUACAAUCUGAGAUGAUCAAUGAAAUAUUUAUUUAAUUUACAAAGCAACUCUUUUUAAUAGACAUAUGAUAUUACAUGCAAAGUACAGUAUUGUACUUUGAGUUAUUGAGUCCUAAAAUAAUAGGCUAAUUACAAAAAUAUGUAUGUAUUAAAAAAAAAGAAAAAUGGAAAAAAAAGAAAUUGCACAGGCUGCUUAUUUAAAACUGUUACUAGGAAUGCAAAUUGUUUAGAAAAAUACUAAGACAAUAGAUGUUGUUGAUAAGCAAUGAAACUCAUUAAUAUUGUUAAAAACAGAUGAUUAUAUACAGAGAUAAUUAUUUGUAAUGAUAUCAUUGAAAGAAUUUAAAAGUUACAAAGAUCUCCUUGCAAUGCCUUCACACAUUAUGUAUGACAGUUGAAAAUAUAUGUAUUUUUAUUGAGGCCUAAUCAUGAGAAUAGAAUUGAACUUAUACUUAAACUGGAUUGUGCGCAAAAGUAGGGGCGGAUAGUCGUUCAGCGAAGCAUUAAAUGUUAAAAGUAACAAUAUAAGAAACUAAGGAUAAUGAUCAUUGCUUAGUUCAUGCAUAGAUCCGCCUCUGUACAUACAUAUACUUUUAUUGUACACAUAAUAUAUUUUAUACAAAUUUAUGUGCAAAUUCCAAAUUUUAUCAUACAUAUAUCAUAUACGUGUUCACUUAAAUACAUAAAAAGAUCCAUGUGCCCACUACAUUGCUAAUCAUGCUGAUACAAACACAAUGUACAAAUCCACAAGCGUUAAUAUUUCAUACCACUAACGCUUAUAAUAAUAUAAUAAAGAUAUAACGUUGAAAGA